UCAACGCAUGCGCGAUCGUGAUCUUGUUCGACAUUAAACUGUCAGAUGUGCAUAAGCAAAAACAAUAGUAGUUCAUAUUAGAGAAACGUCGGGUUCGCUUGAAAAACAACAAUCCGAGAAUAUGUUUGCAAUGAAAACUCCAAUCCUGUUCCUAUUUUUGGGCCUUGCAGCGAUAUGUAUCGCCGACACAGUUGAAUCAACUGUCAAGAUUAACCCAGAGCCACCAGUUACAUCAACAACAAAUAAACCAACAACUAAAACAACAACAACGUCCACAACUCAAUCGACUUCAACCUCUACAACUUCCACAACUACGCCACCUACUACAACAACCCCAACACCAUCUCCUAAAACAACAUCAACGACGCCUGCUCCAACAACAACCCCAACAACAGCAGCCCCUGUAACAACCCCAACUACAGCAGCCCCUGUAACAACACCUAAACCAGUUCCUUGGGAAGCAGGUACUUGGGAAGUACUAAAUGGGGAUAACACGACAUGUAUAUUGCUGCAUAUGAAGGGGGCGAUUGAUCUUUAUUUUACGGAUGGUAAUCAAACGAAUGUCGAGCAGAUUCAAAUUCCAAGCAAAGCGGCUGCUAAUGGAACUUGCUCCAAACUUGAACAAAAAAUUGUUUUAUCCUGGAUGUUUAAUGAUACGCUAAAUGACACCAUUGAGAUUGUUUUUAAGAAGAACGAAACUGCAAACAAAUUCGAUUUGGAAACUAUUAAUAUGCAUGUGUUUGUUACUGAGAAAAAUUCAACGCAAUCGUUGACGUUCAGUCGUGAAAGAGAAGAAUUUGAAACACCGGUCGCGAUGUCUUAUAAAUGUGAAAAAAUUCAAUUGUUAAAUUUCACUGAUACGGCAACCAAUGAAACUGUAGCUUCUUUGAUGAUUAGUAACGUACAGUUUCAAGCUUUUGCUAAUCUUAAAGAUCAUACAUUUGCAUCAGCAAAGGAUUGUGAACCAUACGAAACUCCAGAUAUAGUUCCAAUUGCAGUUGGAUGUGCCUUGAUAGCAUUGAUAGUAUUCAUUUUAAUUGGAUAUUUGGUUGGAAGAAGGAGAAAUCAAACCCGCGGUUAUUUAUCAAUGUUUACACAAACAAAAAAAGAAGAAGACUACAUACCGAUGAAAAAUCUUUCUUGCUUUCAAUAAUUGAACAAAAAUUUUUUUAGUAGUUUAAGCUUUUUUGAUCGUUUCAAGUUUUAUGCAAAAAAAAGUUGACUAGUCUUUGUGAAACCAAGAACUUUGUUAGAUGAUUUGGAUUCGAAAUGCAGAUCCUAACCGAAUAUUGUGAUAAAUUAGAAGUUAACAAGUUACUUCAAAUGAGUAACUUAAAUAUUUUGUAGGAUCGUCUCGAGAGACGAUGUGUGAUUAAUUCAUUCAUUUAAUCGAAAAUUACGCUCGAAUUGAAUUUCAUUGCAUCUCUCUUUCUUAAAGAGAAUUACUUAACGUUUCGUUUAUUAUUCAAUGUAAGUUGUUUCAUUACUUUUAGAUUUAAAGAUAACCAAGUGAAUGUAUUGUUUAGUUUAUUAAAAUAAUAUGGAUUUA